CAGGGAGACAGCAGGGAAGUGUUUGGCUCCUCACCUCAGUGCUUCCGGUACACCGUAUUCAUCAGUCUGUGGCGGCGCUGUACCGGCUCCCGGGGGGGUGAAGCCGGUAGGAAUGAGUCAGUGCGGGACGGAAGCGUACGUGUUAGGUGUUCCGGUAUGGCGGAGGUGCCAGGUUCGGCGGUGUCACCUUUAGAGAAUGCAGGAGGGAUGGCGGUGGGGCAGACGCCCGGCACAGCGGCUGCUGAAGAGGUUCGCAGCAGCUCCGCGUGUGAGGAGGGCGACAUGCAGCCGGCUGGCCAAGCGGAGGGGCUGGCUGCGGACACCCAGGGCACCAUGUCUCUCCUCAGGAUGGAGGAGAAGUUCUCCGCAGGCCAGUACCGCGCCAUAGACCAAUUCGUGGCUGACUUCAGGAGCAUGCUGGAGGGCUGCUACCAGCUGCACGGCGCUGACCACCCGCUCUCCAAGCAAGCCCAGAAGCUGGAGAUAAUGCUGGAGCAGAAGCUGGCACUGCUGCCCCGGAGCCUCAGAGAUAGAACAUUGUCAACCGCAUCCUCAAAAAGUCUCUGUGGAGUGGAGGAAGAUAAAGAAUCAGCGUACACUUUAACAAGACGGAGAUCGUCCGCACGAAGUUUGGCCAAUGCUAACGCAGGAGCAAUGGAAUCUGUAAUGGUGCAGGUCCUAAAGCAAGCUGAGUUUUUAAGAGCAAAAGAAGAAAAAAGACUUAAGGAACAAGAGCGCAAGGAAGCAGAGGAAGCUAGCCAAAAAGAAAUGGAAGAAUGGGACAAAAACUUCCUGGCUCUUGCUGCACCUUCAUGCAUGGAGACCAUGUGGGAAAUACCAGCCAUAGGCCAUUUCCUUUGUUUAGCACAACAAAUAUUAAACCUUCCUGAAAUAGUAUUUUAUGAACUAGAAAGAUGUUUAUUAAUGCCUCAGUGCAAUGUAUUUUUGUCAAAAAUAAUGACUUCUUUACUAAGCCCACCGCACCGCAGACCAACUUUACACCGUAGACCCAAUCUCCCAUACCGAGCUUGGGAAGCGGCACUUAAGCAGAAGGUUCAGCAAUGGUACACGGUUAUAGGACAGGCAGAGCACCCUGAGAAAUGUGCUGAGAAGCUUGGAUUGUGUUCUCAGUUCUUUAAGGUCCUUGGGGAAGUGAAUCCUCUUGAACAAAAAACAUUUCAUGAACUGACAUUUCAUCAGAAGGUCUGGUUAUUUAAAGGUCUUUGCGACUUUGUGUAUGAAACGCAGAACGAAGUUCAGGAUGCAGUACUUGGACAACCAAUCCAUGAAUGCAGAGAAGUGAUCUUAGGUUACGAUGCUCAAGAAAAUGCCUAUAUUCACUUCCCACAGUUUUGUGGUGCAGAUGUACGAAUAUACAGACAGAGACCCUUGAAAGCCCCAGAGUUUCCUCUCCCUCCGAUUAAGAUUAAAAGGAUGCCAAGAGCACGAUUCACUAGGUCCAAAUGUAAAUAUCCGAAAAAGAACAAUGGUCAGCUUAAAUCUGUUCAGCUAGUAAUAUCUCCAAGCCCAAGGACUAGUGAGGAGCUACAUGAUGAUUGUUCUGAAAACGGUUAUAUGGACAGUUGUGUAAGUAGCACAAAGCAUGAUGUGAAGACAGCCGGGCAGCAUGAAGACCAGAAUCCUUGUGACAUAAAUAAGCAUGCUUCUUGCAAAGAGAACGUAGAAAAGCCUAGUAGCCCUGGAGAACUAGUGGGCUACGGAGAACCCCUGAGUCCUGGAGAAAUCAGGAUUCUGGAAAAUGUAGAAAAAUAUUCAGAUAUUACCCUUCUCAAGACCGACACUAGCCCACUAAAAGAAAAUGCACUUAAAAAAUUUCAAGUCCACGUGAAUGGCAACCACAGCAACAACACUGAAGUUCUUUGCCACCGAAUGGCAAUGGAUAUUAUUUUAGAUCAUUCUGCACUCAACCGUGAAAAGAUGAAACUUCGCAAGUUGCAAGCAAAAAAGAAGAAGAAAAAGAAAAAAAUGAAAGAUCUUAUGACAGAAAAUACACAGGGUAGAUUUGAAAAUCUUCAGAACACAUUCAAAUCUUUUAAGACUGAAAUGCAUAACAAAUUGUUCCUUAACAAAAAAAGAGCCAAGCACAAGAAGCACAAGUCUGGAAAAAAAUCGUUCUCUACAAAUAUAGUUGUAAAGAAGAAGAAAAGUGCUGUGUCUUCACCUGCUACUCCAGAAUUCCAGCUUGUGUGUACAAAUCUUGAUGAACUCAAGGAGCUGAUUAACAAAAUUGAUGGAGAGCUCAAAACUUUGGAAAGCAACAAAAAGAAAUCGGUAAAAUGGCACUUAAGGAGGCAAGGUGUAAAAGAGCUUCAUGGCACCUUGACACGUCUGCUAAAUGAACUGUUGCCAUGGGAACCAAAGCUACUGAAGGCUUUUCAAAGAAAUCGUGCACGUCUAAGAAAGGACUAUGAUGAUUUCAAAAGGCUGCCAGAAUGUGAGAAUUUUACCAGAGAAUCAUCUUCUUGUGGUGAUUGUGUACCAAGCAAAUCUCCAAGUUCUGUACCUAAAUCAUCUGAACUCUGUCACAAGGAAAUCGAGAAGAACGAGUGUCAUGAUAAACUAGAGCACACUGAGACGGACGUCUGUGGGAAAGGCAAGAUGCCCAAGAAAGAAUACAUAUUAAAAUGCCAAACGAGGAGCAGCAAGCGGCAGUUUAGAUUAGUAGAAGCUGAAGACAAAGACAUUUUAGCACAAAAAAUUAAAUUAAGCACCCCUGAGAUCUCUUCUACAUCCACAGAAGGAGAAACACCUUCAAGCAACUGUGUUGCAAGUGAUCUUCAGAAAAUGGAAGUGGGCAGAGAGGCUCUUGGUAUCCCACCUAGUAUAUAUAAAGGACCGAAAUUGACUGAAACUUUGCUGGCAAAGAAUAGUGGGAAUCCGGUGACCUUAACAAGUCCGCUAACUCAGACUAUUAGCAAUACUGUGCCUUGUUCUGAAAGUACACCAUCUUCACCCACGCCCCCUUACCCAGUGAAAUCUCCCUUGUCUUGUCAGACUCCUUUAAAAGCUCCCUUGCAGAUGAUUUACAAACUUCCGGAUGGACAGUGUGUCCCAGUUGAUCUUCAGAAUUCUUCUGUGAAGAUUCAGAUGCAACCUGUGGUAGAUGCUAAAACUGGAGAUAGACUCAUGCAGCAGGUCCUGGUUUUACCUAAAAAUAUUUUCAUACAGCAAAAAGAUGACAGAACACCCCAAGUAAACCAGCCCACACAAUCUGAUGUAGUGCAUCAACACUGUGCGUUUAAUGUGCCAUUGUCCAGUGUCACCACAGGUCACACUGGUUCCCAGGCACCACCAAUGGCUCUGAGCAAGAGUAUUUUAUGUUCCACUAAAUGUGCUACUCUUCCUGUUUCCCAACCACCGGUGUCCACAAUUGCAAGCAGCACAUCACUGUACCCAUGUGAAACAAGUAAAAACAGCACUUCAAAUUUUCUAGCAUCUGUGAUGUCAUCCAAUUACGGACGGUCGUUACCUAUUAAGACUGACUUUGGACAUGUCACACAAAACACAGGCAAUCCUCCUGUGGCAAUUCAAAUGGCAAACUCGUCCCCAGUACCACAAAGGGAAAUAGCUGAAGCAAAGCAAGAAUUAAGAACUGUGUGCAUUCGUGAUUCUCAGUCAAUUCUUGUGAGGACCCGUGGUGGUAACACUGGUGUUGUGAAAGUACAAACAUGCCAAGAUCAGGGUACUGCAGGUAUGCCUCCUAGUCCUAUAUUCACAUUUACACCACAGCUGCAGUCCUUUCUAGUGUCAAGAACUAAACCCUCAGCAACUUCUACAUUUACUUCCGUAACUACAUCACAAAGUCAACCAGUGUUCUCAUCAGCCUCUGUUGGUAUAAACCAGGUGACAGAAUCAAACACUAACUGGGCACAAGUGCACCAACCUGCUCCUAGGGUAACAAUUCAGACCAUGGUUAACCCUAUGCAACCUAACUUUCUGCCGUUUGUUUCGCAUGCAAGUACUUGUCCUUCUACCAAUUCUUUUAUUAAUACAAAUACUUCAGCAGGUACUGUAACUCCUCUUUCCUGCUGUAGUACUGGGCAGGACUGCAGUGGCAUUAGGAAGGCUGGAACAGAUUUAAAACAAAGUGAAACCCAGGCAGCCAAUGUUUCUCUGGUACAGCCUGACAGUACUACUCCAUCAAAGAGUGAUUUUGUGGGUGGAUCUUCCAUGCAUCAAGUCAUGUUGCUUACUGCACCUUCAAUCCAUCAACCUGGUACAUCACCAAAUAUGGGCAUUGUUGCUCCACCAGCAUUGGCACCAGUACCACCAAAAAAGUUUGUUUUUUUUAACACUCAACUUCCAGCCAGUUCAUCAACUGCAAAUAUGACAUCACCCACCUCCAAGCAAACUACUUCUACUAAUAUUGGUAAAACAUAUGUCAGGCCUCCUGAACAGCCACAGGUUUUCCUGAUUCCUUCCACCAUGGGGUCGCCUAUAAAAAUGAGUUCACCACCUAUUGUUUCUCAAGUUAAAGAUGUAAAGAUUGGUCUAACCAUUGGACAGACUAUUGUUAAUAAUACUGCUGGCAUUAAAAACAUGUUUCCAAUUAACAUUCUGCAGAAUACAUUGGGAAAAGGAAAUGAAGGCACUCCGAAAGAUUGUGCUGUUUCAACAGUACCUACUUUUUCAAAAUCACAUAGUGAACAUGUCACAAGUUCAAAUAUUACUUGUGACUAUACUGUUGCUUCUACAAAGGGGUCAGUGGCACCUGCCAAUACAGUCCUGUAUAGUGCCACUGAAAGAAAAGGGAAUGACUUAAGCACUUUAUCAUCUGUGUCUAGUCAAUUACCUACAGCAAGUUUAGGAAGUACUAUUGCUAUUUCAACUGUAAAAACUGGGCAUCUUUCAUCAUCCGUUCUGCUGUCAACUAAUCCAAUGAUAAAGCAUGCAUCAUCAUCACUGCAGCGGGCAGUAUCCUCUGCUUUGUUUGGGACAACUUCAAGCUUAGGAGCAACGCCUAUUACAUCUACAUAUCAGCCAGCGUUGAGGGAGCAAAGUGAAAAUAACCAGUCCAUAUCUCAAAGUAUUCAUACACCAGUUACAACAAAUAUGAGCAAGCCCCCAGCCACAAUGUCUUCUUCUUUCCUACCCACAUUGUGUAAAAAUAAGCCUUGGCAUGCUUCUUCACAGGCUUUGCCACCAUUUCCUGCAACUACUGUUAAUCAAGUAAGGCCAGAAAUGAAUGAAGCUUCAGGUCAUCAUAAAUUGAUUAUUAACACUAGCACACCACUUGCUCCUGGAACUCAAAUCACAAUUAAUGGUACACGAUUUAUUGUACCGCCUCAAGGUCUAGGAGCUGGCAGUCACAUGCUACUGCUUUCAACUAAUGCUAAGCAAGGACCUCCACUGGUUGGUAGUGCACAAGCGGGUCAUGCUUCACCUCUUGUUAGUACUACAGUACCACAACCUGCAUUGAAACAAAACAUGUCACCAACACCGUACCCAAUUCCAACAUUUAAGUGCACUACUGCACCUGAUAUGUCGAAAUCUCUACCCAAUAUUCAGCCUGUAAAUAUAGCAUCUAGUGAUUUCUCUUCAUGCUCUCUGUCUGUGAACAAAACUCUGUCGACAACUGCACUUCAGCCUCUUCUUGUUCCUUGUAUACAAAGAGGAAGCUAUUCACUGCAACAAAACAUGGCACCAUUAUCUAAAGGUGCACCAGUCACAGAGACAGUCUUGUUAAACACUGCAAGCCCUCCUGGCAAUCUCCUGCCUGCAUCUGCCAUGUCAGAGAGCAAGAGGGCAGAUGCUGAUAGUUUUAGGCAACAGUCUUCAACAACGGAUAAGCCACCCACUGUAGCAACUUAAAGCCGACUAAAAUAAGGGGAAACCAGUAACCGAUGUAGCACUUACUUUAUUGAACUGACAAUGUAUUGUUGUUUUCCUAUGCUGUUCAUGAAGACUUUAAACAGUUAAUCUAAAGUUUUUGUUUUAAAGUUGUUUCUUUUUAGUGAACAAUAGGAUUCAUUUUCAACAGCCAGUACCAUUUUAUAGUUUGACAUUGAUAGUUUAGCUAUUUGCACAAUACUUCUCAGAGUUUGCUAGAACAGUAUUUGUCUUUUUACAUUUGUAAAGAAAAUCAAUUUUUUUUUCAUGUAAUAUUUAUGCGUUCUGAACAUUUUAGUCAAAAUGUAAAACUUGUAUAUAUUCUUUACCUUUUAACAUUCUUAACUAAAUCAUAUGUAUAAAGAGCAUUGUCUUAUUUAUGUUUUGUUUACAUAUUGUAUAGUUUUUUAAGUAUUUUGCAGUUCAGUGUACUGUUUAGCAUUAAUGCAGGCUCAUCUGCAUGUAGUAAAUAAACGA